AUGGAUAAUCAUAACGGUCAAUUUCGAGGACAGCCUUAUGGAAAUGUGAUUCUGAUACAUCAAACAGCAACAACGGCAUCAUCAUCAUCUUUAAACGGGACACUCCCUGUAUCGAAUCAACGGCGACAGGAGACAGCAACAGGCUCGGCUCUUGAGCAAAAAACCCAUCAUCCUCAGGAAGCAGAAGCAGAAAUCUUGAAAGAUCUGAAACAACCGAGCAAGCAAAUAUCAUUGGCCUCAACGAUUUAUACGUAUUUCGGUAACCUAAUACAUGGAAAGAGUAAGAAUAGUCGAUUUCGCGCUGGUUCGGUGAACGAUACAGCUAAAAAUCCUCAGCAAAAGCAAACAGCAUGGUGGAAGAGGGGAUUCAAGUCAUUGUCGCCACCAACAAUAGCGAAAAGAAGCAAAGGCCAAGGGAAGAAGAGAAACCAAAAGUUCCUGUGGUGUUUUCGACCGGUGGGUGCUGCUGCUGCUACACACGGAAAGAAGCAAAAUCCUUUGUUUUGGACAACAUUUGAAAAGAAGAAUCAAUUGGAGCUCUCGGAACAAUUUGAAAGACUCAGAGCUGCAAGUAGAAUCCACGAUUGCUUCGAACUUCAAGAUAAGAAAAUCAAUGGUGGUAAGGUGGUUGUCAAUGUGAUGCUGAAGGAAGGUAUCGCCUUUGUUCUGGAUCCAGAGUGGUCUGAGCCAAUGACAUUUGAAAUCACUCAGCUACCAAAGCUGACAUUGUAUCAACGGUUGCGAGCAAGACACGAUUACAAGCGAUGGUAUAAAAGACAGCAACAGCAUAUGUAUCACCAGAGUAGAUCGGCAUAG